AUGAGGAGGUUUUUGGUUCCUAGAACAAGUAUUGAGAAAGUGAAUGUUAAGCAACCAGAAGUCGAAGUAGAAGAAACACCACCUAAUGUGGCCAAUGAGUUUAAUCCAAAUGAGAUUGUGCGUGAUCCAGGAUGUAGGAAACAAAUUCAUGAGUAUGCUCCGGAUAUUCAAGACCAAGUGAGGAGGGCAUAUAUAUUGAAGGGUCCAACGCAACCAGAUUUAGCAAGAUUUCCUCGUACUCAAUUUGGGAAGUAUUCAAGAGCAUUUUGUAAAGCAUGGUAUAAGAAUUAUACAUGGAUUGAAUACAGUGAGUCGAAGGAUGCAACUUAUUGUUUCUAUUGCUUUCUCUUUAAAGAUCAUAUUGGUAGUCAUGAUAGUAAGCACAACUCAUGUGUGAAGCACUAUGAUGAUUAUGAUAAUCAAAGACAAAGUGUGACAAGUAUCUUUGCUAGAGCAACUAGGGAAUCAGAAGAAUUGUAUAAGAUCUGUUUAACUUGUUCUUUAGAUUGUACUAGAUAUCUCUUAGCACAAGGCAUUGCUUUUCGUGGCCAUGAUGAAAGCUCUACUUCUCUAAACAAGGGAAAUUUUAGAGAGAUGUUGGAUUGGGUAAAAUCUAAUGAUGAAAAAGUAAGAGAUGCUUUUGAUCAUGGUCCAAAAAAUUGCACUAUGACUUCCGGUGACAUUCAAAAGGAGCUUGCAAUGUGUUGUGCACAUGAAGUUACAAAGGUGAUUAUGGAAGAGCUUGGUGAUAGACAAUUCUCUGUGCUUAUUGAUGAGUCACGUGAUAUAUCUGUCAAAGAACAAAUGGCGGUGAUGUUGAGGUUCUUAAACGACAAAGGGAAAGUUGUGGAACGAUUUAUUGCUCUACAUCAUGUCAAAUAUACUACAUCUGAGGCACUAAAGGAUGCUCUUUAUGUUGAUGAUGUUAAAGCUCGAUUGGCUAUAUUGAGAGAGACUGGUUGGAAUGAUUUAUUUAGUGAUGUCCAAGAAUUUUGUUUUGCUCAAAGUAUUCUGGUGCCAAAUAUGGAUGAAGAAAUACCGGUUCGGGGAUGUUCAAGAAGAGAAGGGAGGACUGUCACUAAUCUUCACCAUUAUCAUGUAGAGAUUUUUUAUGUUGCUAUUGACAAAAUAUGUGUGGAGAUGGAUCACUGGUUUUGUGAAGGAAGUAACGUUGUGCUGGAUUACUUCUCAUGUCUUGACCCCAAUAACUCUUUUUCCAAGUUUGAUGUUGAUAAGCUUGCUCGUCUUGCUAAUAUUUAUCAUACAGACUUUUCUGAUGAUGACCGUGGAACAAUAAGGGAGCAACUUGAGACUUAUUUAAAUUUUUUGCCCAGGCUAUAUAAAAUUCCUGGCUCCGCCACUGCUGUGAUGUUUAGUACUAGGUAG